AUGGCGAGCAGCAGUAAAGUCACCGACUGGGUUAAGCCCGGCGACACCUCUGGCGAAUUCAAGCGUCAAGUCAGUUCGUUCCGAGACUGGAUCUCUCGCGAUGCCAACGCAAAGUACCCUGCCGAGAAGGGCCGUUAUCACCUUUAUGUGAGCUACGCGUGCCCAUGGGCUUGCCGAACCCUCAUUGCUCGGAAGCUCAAGGGCCUUGAGGAUUUCAUCUCGUACUCGGUUGUUCACUGGCACCUUGGCGAGGGCGGCUGGCGAUUUGUGUCCAAGGAUGAGGAUGUUCCUGGCGAAAAUGUCGUGCCUGAUCCUAUCAAGGGACAUGAGAACUUUACACACCUAAAGGAUGUGUACUUUGAGAGUGAGAAGAACUAUGAGGGUCGAUACACGGUGCCAGUUCUCUAUGAUAUGAAGACAAACCGAAUCGUGAGCAACGAGAGCAGUGAGAUCCUCCGCAUGCUCGGUACCGAGUUUGACGACCUUUUGGAUGAGGAGCACAAGUCCAUCCAACUGUACCCCGAGAACCUGCAGAAGCAGAUCGAGGAGGCGCAUGAGUGGCAAUACGGCGGGAUCAACAACGGCGUGUACAAGUCUGGCUUUGCAACCACAAGCGAAGCUUACGAGCGCAACGUUGUGGCUCUGUUCGAGUCUCUGGACCGUGCUGAGAAGCAUCUCUCUGAGCAAAAGGAGGGCCCUUACUGGUUCGGAAACCAGUUGACCGAAGUUGAUAUCAGACUUUUCGUCACAAUCAUCCGUUUCGAUCCCGUUUACGUGCAGCACUUCAAGUGUAACAUCCGUGACAUUCGAUCCGGUUACCCUGCUCUGAACCGCUGGAUGCGUAACUUGUACUGGAACCACCCUGCGUUCAAGGAUACCACGCAGUUUGAGCACAUCAAGUGGCAUUACACAAGGAGCCAUACCCAGAUCAACCCUCACUCUAUCACACCUGUUGGACCGCUGCCUCAUAUCUUGCCUCUUGAGGAGGAGGUUCCCGCAGUUGCUGCUGCUAAGAAGAACUAG